AUGAAGGCAGCGGAGAUUGUGUGCCCUGAAAAGUGCCAGGCUUUUGCAAAUAUCAGCCUGACAAGAAACACAGUUGCAGACAGGAUUUCCGAUCUUUCAGUGGAUUUGGACAGCCAGUUGAAGCAAAAAGUAAAGUCAUUUAUUGCGUUUUCAGUUGCAAUUGAUGAAAGCACGGACAUUACAGAUGUUGCACAACUGGCCAUUUUCAUCCGCGAAGUUGAUGACACAUUGACCGUCACCGAGGAGUUUGUGAAGUUGGUGCCGAUGACAGAUACGAUGACAGCAGCUGAUAUUUUCACCGCACUCGUCGGCGCACUGGACAGGGUCGGAGUGGACUGGUCCCGCGCUGUCAGCCUGGCUACAGAUGACUCUGUCAGGCUGAUGAAUGGGACCAGUCUGUGCUCAGGCAGACUGGAGGUGAAGACUAACCAGCGCUGGUCCUCAGUGUGUGAUGACUUUGACCAGCAGGAUGCAGAGGUGGUCUGUAGGGAGCUUGGCUGUGGGCCUCCUUCAGUCCUGCAGGGGGCGCUCUAUGGAGAAGUGGACCCUCCAAUGAGGACCAAAGAGUUCCAGUGUGGAGGCCAUGAGUCUACUCUCCUGGACUGUAGAAGCUCAGGCUCAGAUAGAAACACCUGCUCACCCGGAAAAGCUGUUGGACUCACCUGCUCAGAGCCUGUUAGGUUGGUGGGAGGAGCCAGUCGCUGUGCAGGAACACUGGAGGUGAAACUGGGAGAAUGGAGACCAGUGAGGUACUCUUCAUCUGGCUGGACCCUGAAGACAUCAGAUGCUGCCUGCAGAGAGUUAGACUGUGGCUCUGCUGUUUCUGUUGGAGAGAGAAAAGAGUCCUCACGCAGAUAUAUGUGGUUCAUCAACUCUUUGUUGGUUGAGCCUGGAUCUGCUCUGAGGGAGUAUGCAAGAUCAUCUUACUCUUCCUCCAUCCUGAAUCUCACCUGCUCAGGAAGUAUUAAAUGAUAUACGGGAUGUUUGGAAUGAUCACCGUAUACGGCCCUCCAAGAACACAAACGUGCCCAGUGGGAUACCUGAUAUCAUGUACAUGGCCCCUCACCUUUGGGGGACAGAAGAUUUUCUUGUUCCACUUACUGAAGAUUUGACCACAUGUAAAGACAACUGCACAUUUUUAAGUUCAGUCCCAUGUGAUGCGGACGUGUUUGAUUUGUGCACAAUAACAAUGGAGGAAUCAGGCUUGGAGUACCCAUCUACCAUGUCCCAGUCACUUGAUUUAUAUGUUCAGCUGAGGGACUCGAUUCGUCCACAGUUAUUUGAGCUGGCAGUUUAGAUAAACAGAAAUACCUUGUUGUUUUUCUUGUGCCUUUGUUGGAAACAAAAAUAAUCAGAAAAGACCUUAUACCAUACUGUUUUAGCAAUCUGUCAAUAGUUGAACUCAUCCUGAUAGCUAUUGUUAGCAAGAAUUAUAA